CGUGGUACUGUAAUGACAGCACGAGAGGCUCCAAGCACGGGCUCGCAGCGUGCAGUGACGGUCACUCAAUUGUGCAACGUGCAGCAGCAGAAUUAUCAAUACGGAAACCUGGACCGCUUCCUUGGAAAGGGCUCUCCAGCAGAGGGCACAGUGAAAUUUGAUGCAGCCCCUGCCCGUUCAGCCUGUCAACACACUGUAUCUGCUGUGCGAGUAACACCUUUGAGAGCCAUGAAGACUUCCCCUGAUCUCAUACCUACUGAACUGGACUCUACCUGUGUUUGCAAAGGAAAGGGUGCUGUUACUUUGAGAGCCACACUGGUGCAUAUUGAUGAUGAGAACGGCAUAUGCCAAGAGCUGUCCAUGAACUCUGCCAAAAGUGGUUGGUUUGGUGCGGUCAAUGGAGAUGCCACAGAAACGAGUCUGGCUGAGACAAGUGUAAACAACACAAGAGCUGAUUUAUAUUCAACACAAGUCAAUGAGACACCAACAAAGGUGGACUCACCUGUAAAUGAGAGUGAGUCUCAGCUCACAUCCUGCCUUGAUCCACUAAGUGCAAUUACCUCAUCAGCCAAAGUGACCUCUUCUUAUCCCCCCACCAGCAGUGUGAAUCCAACAAUCGUCCUGCUGCAGCACAACAGAGAAGCUUUUGGGGAGCAGCGCAGCGGCCCUAAUCGCAACCCUGUCAUCAUACAGAACAGAACUCCCACUGAGACUUCAGCAGACAUGGAAGGCAAGACACUGAGACUGUCUGAACAUAUUGCUCUACCAGCACCUAGAGUCCCAAUACGGAACACAGAGAUAUCAAAGGACUGGUACAGAAACAUGUUUAAACAGAUCCACAAAAUCCCAGAGACCGUUGAAGAAAAUCCAUAUCGUCCCACCUAUAUGUUCCCUGAGAGCAAUGACAGGCCUGUGAGAACCAGAGAUGACAGUCCAUCAUAUGCUGCUGAAGAUGUGCGGACUGUUCCUCGCUCAAAGAGUGCAGUAGACAUGGGGAGCUCAAGAGGACAGCUGCCUGUGCCAACACGCACAUCUUCCCUAAAACCCCAAAGGAAUGAAUGGGAGCCCCCUGACAAGAAAGUAGACACUAGGAAGUACCGCGCCGAGCCCAGGAGCAUAUUUGAGUAUGAGCCAGGAAAGUCUUCUGUUCUGAGGCUGGAGAAACCGAAUCAGGACUUAAGUCCAGAAGAUGUAGAUUUAGAGAAUGAGCCUUGGUAUAGGUUCUUUUCAGAGAUGGAGUUUGGCAAAGCGAGUGCCCCCUCUUUCACCCCCUUGGAAACAUCUUCCGAUCUACAGCAAUACUCAGCCUGUAAAGUAGGCGACAGUGAAGCAGAGAAGGACAGCUUGUCUGCCGGUGGGCAGGCAGCUCCGGAAUGUGAUCGUCACAUUUACAAGAGUGUCCUGGAGGGCGGCGAUAUCCCACUGCAGGGCUUGAGAGCACUUAACAAGCGUCACCCCAGCACGUCUUCAAAAGUGGAUUAUAAAGGUGGGAAUGGCUGUGUGAUUUCAGCCUGCUCUUCUGUAAAUAGUCACUCAGUUCUUGCCAGUAAUGCACUAGCUUCUCAAUAUAAGGCUAAAAAGUCCUUAUCCGCCGCCAAAGCCGGCAUCCCUCAAAUUCUUCCCUCCAAGUUUAAGCCCAAGCUAUCGCCUUCUACUGAUGAGAGCCAGGAGAGAAGGAUUGAGCCAUCACAGCGGCCCAAAGCGCACAGCUGUGUGGAUCUGCAUCAGAAUGGAGAUACAACAGAUAGCGAUCACUGGUUAAAUUCAGCAUCCAAGGGCAAGUGUUCUCCCGAAAGCAGGAACCUUCAUAAAAAUGGACCUGCUGUGGGAUCUGUAAGGAGUACGGCUGAGUUCUCUGCUCUCUAUCGGAACAUGCAUAACAUUCAGAGGUCAAGCUCCCUAGGUUCUGGUUCCCAUGGAAGUGUCCUCUGCCUGGCUUCCCUUUUCGAGAAGCCAGGGGGUGACAUUACCAUGGAGAAGACUGAGAUCAUCCCUCGGGAAACCGUGACGUUCCGGGUGAUGGAGUUUGAGCGCAUCAUUCAGCGUACCAAUUCUGCCCCCACCCGCUCUGCCUCAAUGCCUAUACUCCCUAGUAACCCAAGCCCUUGCCAUAGCCCUGCACCAUCCUGUUUCCUCCAACCUGCUGUCUCAGCAGAGACUCUGGUCAUGCCAGGGCCUGUACACACUGAGGAUUUCCCAGCAAUGGAUACAGAGGACCAAGCCCCCAAAGAGGAAGCUUCUGUUUCAGCAGAGUGCUUAAUCACCUCUGAGCAGUUUCACAACUCAAGAACUGACUCUCCUUUGAAAAAUGAGAACAAAUCGGAGGAGACAGACAGUUGGAUACAUGAUGCUGCCAAAGACACACCCUCAGAACACACUGGCCACCAUUACCAAUAUCUUCACGAUCACUUCCCGCUCCACCUCAAACAAAGCAAAUGCAAAGGCACCUGCCCAGCUUCCUACACACGUUUCACCACAAUCCUUAGGCAUGAGCGCCAACAGACCAAUACACUGCAAGAGAAGAGAUUUUCUCCUCCAAGGAACUUGCUUUUAAUGGGCCCAGCCCCUUUCUCCUUAAGGAGAUCACUACAUAGUCAACAGGCCAAAAAUACUUUUGCUCUCUCCGCCAUGAAGCCAAUGGCUGGAGACACGAUGGAGAACAGUCUCUUCUCUCCCAGGCCAAGGCCUGUCAUUCCGCAGCGCCUAUCCUCCUUGGAGGUUCUGGAGAGGCUCAGUAAUGGAGAAAGCUCUCCCUGUGAGGGAUGCAACUCAGAUGACCUUACAGAUGUGGAAUGCACAGAAGCCAACUCGGAUUCUUCACAGCCUUUAAGCCAAGGAGAUCAUGGAGAAAACUCAGAAGAGACAGUCCGGAAACGCUACGGAGAUAAAGAGAAAAUACUGGAAGAGCAGAGACGGCUGAAGCGCGAGCAGGAAGAGGCAGACACAGCCGCUCGGAGACAUGCUGGGCUUGUUGUGACUCAUCAACAGUUCAUCACUAAUGACCGCUUUGGUGACCUGCUGGUUAUUAAUGAGAAAGAGAAGAGGAAAACCAUAGAGAGGACUCCUGCUCUGGCACAAUUUGACUUCAGAGCAGAGACUCUAAAGGAAUUACCAUUUCAAAAGGGAGAUAUUGUAUACAUCUACCGGCAGGUUGACCAGAACUGGUUUGAAGGAGAACAUCAUGGGAGAGUUGGGAUUUUUCCACGCAGCUAUGUUGAGCUCUUGCCCCCAACAGAGAAGGCUCAGCCCAAAAAGAGUGCUCCAGUCCAGGUGUUAGAAUAUGGAGAAGCCCUUGCUCGUUUCAAUUUCAAUGGUGACACUGCAGUUGAGAUGUCUUUCAAAAAAGGGGAGCGUAUUAUACUGAUUCGUAGAGUUGAUGAAAACUGGUAUGAAGGCAAAGUUUCUGGCACUAACCGGCAGGGCAUUUUCCCAGUCACCUACAUAGAGGUGCACAAGAGACCCCGAGUUAAAAAUGGAGUGGACUACCCAGAUCCCCCUAUCAGCCAGUCACCAAAUCGGAGCACUAAUGCCUCUCCACAGCCAAUCCGCAAUCGUCUCACCACCUCCCCCCUCCCUCUGCCGCGGUCUCCUCGCCGAUCUAUCUCCCCUGAAGUCCAUGCCAUCUCCAAUGAGUGGAUUUCUCUCACUGUGGGCGGAGUCAGCAGCAGCCCCCCAGCCGCACCCACCCCACCACUUCCACCUCUGCCAAGCACUCUAUACCGCUUGGGUGAAUACUUGCCCCCUUCCUUGUCCGCCAGCCCUGUGCCUCCCAUCAGCAGCAGCCCCUACUUCAUCUCCCCAAUGGCUUCUCCAUCCAGCUCUCCUUUACCCCCACCCUAUCCACCCCGCCCCAGCUCGGCCACCCCAUUCCUUACAUUUACUCCACCUCAAACAGAGGACUUUCUACUUUCCCCACCUUCUCCUCGCCUCUCCCGCAGCCUGAGUCCCUGUGGGGGUGCUGGGCUUGAGGGUUGGCUUACUAGGGGCAUCAGGCUGGAUCAGGAGUUACAGGAAGGGGAUGGGGCAGAAAUAGACAGGGCUGGCAGCCUCCGCAAGGCUCCAUACAGCAGGGGCAAUAGCCCAGCAGAGCCAUUGAAGAAUGAUGUAGAAUAUUAUGGCCGAUCCUCAAGAAGUCCUAUCAUGCUGUUUGACAUCCAAGACAACAACAUGAAUGCCAAUUCAUUUACGAAGGCAGUAUGUAAUGAGAUCAUGAAUAUUGCAGAGACCUCAGUGAGGUACUGCAGCACUUUGUCAAGCCCUGUAGACUCCACCCACAGACUCCUGCCUCCUCCCAGUAAACACUCUCUCAUCAUUUCCCAGCAACCCCUGUCGCAGAGCAGCAGCCCUGAGCCUGGACGCAUGAGCUGUGGGAUAUUUCAGGCUCUGUACAAUUAUGUGCCUCAGAAUGAUGAUGAGUUGGAGCUACAGGAAGGAGACCUUGUCAACGUCAUGGAGAAAUGUGAUGAUGGCUGGUUUGUGGGUACAUCAAAGAGGACAAAACGGUUUGGCACUUUCCCAGGAAAUUAUGUAAAAGCUGUAAAUUUAUGACAUGAGUCAUGACAUAAUUUAACACAUUAUGGUUCAUAGAUGUUUUAGCUCUAUGCUUAAGCAGCCUGACCUGUUUGGGACGCUACCUAUUGACAACAAAUGAAGACUACUCCUCCCCUUGAAAACUGUAUCUUGCCCAGGUGAAUGUUUUGUUAUGUGAUCAGUAAGGUUUGAGGCAUGUUGAUAAAGAACAUAUAGUGUCAAAAAAGCAUUUUAAUUUAGAAGAAAAAGGAAUGUCUAUUAGUUUUAUGUACAUUCAUUGUUGUUUUUUUUUUUGCCAUGCCCAGUUUCAGCUAAAAUCCAUUUAUAUCUGACUCAAAGAAAAAUAGAAAUUUACAGCUGCAGACUGUAUUGAAAUACAGUGUGUAACUUUACCUUCACAUACCUGACAUUACAAAAGAUUACAAAAAAUGAAUGACAUUUUACAAUUUAUUUUUGACAUAAAUAUGUGGUGAUGACAGUGUAUUGAAAGCACCCGAAGAUGUCUGUAUUAGGGGUUACAGAGAUGGGUUCUGGAAUUAGGUUUAACAUAAUUUUAAGUGUAUAUAUUACAUUUUUCACAGCCAUUGCUUUUGAAAUGCAGAUUUAUGGUGCACUCUUUUAAAGAGCUUGAUUUGAAUUUGUAUUCCGAUGUGGCCUCAAAAUGCUCUUAAAGUAUUGGAAGAGACAACAAUUCCUGCACUGUAUUUGCAAAGCCAUUUGUAGACAUCAACAUGAUGAAAGGUCUAUUAGUGUUAGUAAUGUUAAGGAUAGUAGACUCUUAGCUCAUAUGAUGUUCAACUGCAACUUGCAUUGCAGACUCGCAACCCGUUGAGGGAGAGUUUUGAUGCAGCAUGAUUUCAGCUUAACAGCAUUUCCUGUACUCUCACAUUUUAAGGUUCAUGAGAUUACAACAAAUCAUUGACCAACUCUAAAAACUGCAGAUCUAAAUACAUUUUAGUAAUUAUUAGAGAGAGAGAGAGAGAGAGAGAGAGAGAAAGCGAAGCUUUUUUGAGUACUAUGUAAUGUAGUGAGAUGAAGGGCUAUAACUAAACCCUACUAAACUAAACCAAACUCAUAUUUAGAUGGUUCGCUUAGGCGCAAAAUAUACUAUUUAUUUGCCUGAGUGGUGUAUAUUUUUCUAUUUUAAUCUUCCAUUUUUGAUUUGGUUGUUCUGAAGAGUGAAUUAAGAGUCUGGUGAGCAGUGUUCUUACCUUUAUUAAAACAAGGUUUGAUCUUAAUCCAGGUACCCAAUGAAAUUGACAUUUACAUAGUGUUAUGACUUGUAAUAUGUCAGAAUAUGGAAUCGAUGAUCCAUAUAAGACUGUCCGUACCUCAUUUUUAAAGUGCCAUUAACAGUAGAGGAUGCUAUAUCUGGACCGUUGUGUUCUGUUUGAAACUCUGAUGUGGAAUAGUCUCCAUUGAUUAGAUUUUAGUCUUCCUUACCUGAAUGUAUAGUUUACAUCUACUUUGGUUGUAGAUUUGCUUUUGCUUCCGUUUAAGAAGAAGAAGAAUUACCAAUCAUAAGUCUUAUGAGUUUCCUUCUUCUGAUGAUCCUCUUGAACCUUUUGAUAAUUUAAUCUUUUUGAAAUUCCCCUUAAGUUUUAUAUGGUCCAUUCCAUAUAAUGCCAGGAAAUGUGCUGCUAGAGCGAAUGAAGUCUAACUCACUCUUACACGGAGACCCUUACACUUGCGAAAGCCUUCCGUCCAGUUCAAAAAGAGACAUAGGAAAAUCUCAUAUGAGCAGACACAUGUAUUUUAUGAUCAUAUUUGUGCUUUUUUAAAUCAAAUGUUGCUGCUUAAACAUUUGUCAAGUAGUAAUCAUGUAUUAGAAACAGUUAUGAUCUCUAUUGAAUAUGAACCUGAAAAUAUGUGUUUUGGCCCCUUAUAAGAUUGCAUAGUAUACAUGAAUGUAGUUUUCUGAGAUACCUGAAACUUGGACAUGAAAAAAAGUUGAAAUUCAAAGUUUUCCUAUUCUAUAAUAGUUGUAAAUAUGUAAAGUAUAAAUAAAUGGAAGUGAUUGAAGUUGCAGCAACCUCUAUAAAUAUUACAGUUUAUAUGAUAUGAAGAAUAUUAGGAAAGCAUUUGCUUAACACAGGCUGUCUCAUGUGACUGAACGAGUUAUUCUGACACUGUUGGGAUUUAAAUGCCUUUCUGUCUCAUGGCUUCAUUGAACUGUGCCUCAUUUUAUGUUCUGCCUUGAGGUAAAUAGAGGUUAUGUUUAAGGAUAUUAGUGUUUUGGCCCAAUUGUGUCACAGGAGACAAUAAAAAUCUUCUUUACAGCAAUCACCUGAGUUAUUCAAGAGUGUGAGAUGACACCCAAGAUGUGUAAUGUAUAAUUAUUACUUUGUGAUCUGUAUGUAGAGGCAAAUUUAGCAAUAUUUUUGUUUGUUUUAUUUGCAGUGCUGUUACAAUUACAAUUAAUUUAAAACACUAUUUACUGCUGUGAGUUCCUCGUUAUGCAAUAUUUAAUAAACAAUAUUACAGCUUUUGACUGAUACAGUUUGUUUAUUUGUCUUGAUGUACAAUUAAUUUAUUUGUGUGCAAUACUAGGUAUGUCCAGCAGAGAGAACUGUAGAUAACACCUUUAGUCAAAGAUUGAAGUUGUGUGCAAAAAUAAUGUUUCAUACCACAAAACUGUAACUUAUUAUAUUUGGAAGCCAGAGCUAUGCAAGAUAUGUAUUUAUCUUCAGCUAAGCUGAGUAGGAACUGAGCUACAUUUUGAGUUUGAAUUUAUCCUUAUUAAUAUUACUAUCUAUCUGUC